AAUUUUCUCAAGUUGAAAAACCAAUUUUCCAAGGUUACAAACCAAAAUCAGUCUUCUUUUCGAUAUACAGGCGUUCAAUUUAGUUUAUUAUGCCUGUUCCUUGGAAUUUUCUAAAUUGAUUAACAAUUCUACAUUGAACACUGCAUGGGGAUGAAUUAUGGCCAGGACAUCUGUUUGGUGGAGUGUGAUAUGUGCGGUCAUUGCUGUAUGACCCAGGAGGGUCUGGACCUCCACAGGCUGUCCCAUACGGGUCAGACCCCCCUACGCUGCCCCCUGUCCCCCUGCAGACGUCGCUUCGCCUCCAGCUCAGCCCUAGGGGAGCACAUCGUGGCCCACUGCCAGGGGACUCUGGGGAAGGGCCGCGGCUCCAAGAGGUUCCACUGCCAGAUCUGUGGCAAGGACUUUGCCUACACAUCCACCUUCAACGUCCACAUGAGGAUCCACACCGAUGAGAGGCCCUUCGAG